AUGGGCCCGGCGACUAGGAACCACUCAAGUGCCAACAAACCCGACGAGCGAAGGGCGACAUCGGAAGAGACGCUCCUUCUCCAGCAGGACACGCCGUCGCAGUACGUGACUCUCCCGGCUCCCCCAGUGAGUGAUCGGGAUAUCUCAUGGGCCUCAAUUCCUAAGAAGGGUCAGCUGGCCGUCAUCCUCUUCGCCCGCUUGGCAGAGCCCAUCAGCGAGCGGUCCCUGACAUCGUACCUGUUCUACCAGCUGCGAUGGUUCGACCCGAGCCUGGACCCCUCUGAGAUUGCCAGACAAGCUGGUUAUCUCACUGCUGCUUUUGCCGCUGCACAAUGCCUCACGUCUAUGUGGUGGGGGCGUGCUGCUGACGACCCUCGAAUUGGGCGCGAGCGUGUGUUGCUCAUCGGACUCUCUGGUACGGCCAUAUCGGCCCUGGGGAUGGGAUUCGCAAAGUCUUUGCACACGGCCUUCUUCUUUCGUCACCAAACUCGCGCCUUUCUCCUUCUCCCCAUGUGCUUCAACGUCGGUGUCAUUAUUGGGCCACUUCUAAGUGGUUUCCUCGCAGACCCAAUUCAUGCUUUGUCGAGCCUCUUCGGCCCAGGCUCCUUUUUUGGAGGCGUAGAUGGUGUCCGGUGGAUGAGGAGCUUUCCGUACGCCCUCCCCAACCUGUUCUUCGCCAUCAUCCUAGGAGCAGCAGCACUUGGGAUCAUCCUGGGCCUCGAUGAAACACAUCCGCAACUACGGCAUCGGCGGGAUCUCGGCCGCGCGCUGGGAAAGUCAAUCAUGGCUACCAUCAUGAGACGCAAGAAUGCGGGCUACGAAAAUGAGGCUAUCCAAGACGACUAUUUGCCAACGCAAACCUCACAUCUUCUAGAAGACGAAAUCGGGGGGGUACCGGAGCUUGAGCCGGAGCCCAAACAAAAGUCGUCCCUCCGCGCCAUAUUGAGCAGGAAGGUCUGCCUCAACAUGGCGCAGCGCUUCCUCCAGUCACUACACGUUUCAUCAUUCAACUCCAUGUUCUUCAGUCUUCUUCCAGCACCCCAAGCGGACGGACGCAAUUUCCACCUCCCGUUCCGAUUCGGUGGUGGUCUUGGGCUCUCGAGCAAGAAGAUGGGAUUCGCCAAUACCAUAAUUGGCAUGAUCGGCAUACCACUACAGUUGUUCAUAUAUCCAAGGCUCAUUGGCCGCUUGGGGGUCAAGAACUCGUACCGCUACUUUCUACCGCUUGGAAUCGUAGCCUAUGUACUGGUGCCCUACCUGGUCUUGCUGCCUGCGAGCAACUCGGCCCUCGUGUGGACGUGCCUAUCAGCCGUGUUGUCAAUGCAGGUUUUGUCUCGUACAUUCGUCAACCCAGCGACUGUGAUGCUGGUGAACGAUUGUGCGCCGACGCCAGAUACUCUAGGAACUGUACACGGCAUGGCUCAGAGUACGUCAAGCGCUGCCGGAUCAUUGGACCGACGAUGGGUGGCGCAGUUCUCGGCUGGGGACUGA